GUUCUUCUUUCAGAAUGAGUGAUGGUGGUUAAAGUUAGCUACGGUCGGUUGACGCCGCGGCUUGUGGGUCAGUUGAAGCGUGCGCAGUCGACAUGGAUAGUUAGUCAUUCCGAGCAGUUACGAGAAACCCGAUGGUCUCAGAGAGCCCUGUUGGGUAUUGGAGCUGCAGCAGUGGCAACUUUUGACCCCAAGAGGGCAGAUAUGGUGAAUGCCCUUAAUGAAGUAACCGGUGUCAGUGCUGCUGAAAAUUUGCAUCGAAAAAUGACGGCAGAUCCGAUGGGUAAACAAAUUUUGGCGGAAAAGCCGCGAUUGAACUCGAAGAUUUUGCGCUUAAGUGACUUGGAGAAGUUAGAAGAGAACACUUUGGGAAAGAAGUACUUCAACUGGUUGAAGAAUAAUGGUGUCACACCUGACAGUAGAGAAAUUGUGCGUUAUGUGGUAGACGCAGAGACCGCUUACGUCAUUCAAAGGUACCGCGAGAUCCACGACUUCUAUCACGUGUUUCUCGAACAGGACAUCGACCUCCUCGGAGAAAGCGUGGUGAAAGCCUUCGAGGCUGCGCAAACAGGGUUUCCAAUGUGCUAUUUGGGUAUUAUUGGUGGCGUGCCGAGUAUCCCACGUGCACAGAGGAGAGACUACUUCAUGCGUUAUCUACCUUGGGCUCUGCAUGCUGGCAAACGAGCAAAGCUGCUUUUGAAUUUCAAGUUUGAAGACAUGCUCAAGGAAGACUUUACAAAACUUCGGCGUGAAAUGAAUAUUGUAUCGUUUGGAGAAUGGUCUAUGAAUAGAUAGCUACGUGAAAAUUCAAGCAAGUGUUUUCGAGAA